GCGGGCCCCACCGCGCCGCUCGCCCCCCGCCAGCGAUGGCGCAGCGGGCGCCCGCGGAGCCCGCGGAGGCGCCGCAGCCUGGGGACCGGCGCGUGCGGCCGCGCACCGCCGCAGCGGCCGAGGCGCUCGCCGAGCCUACGGCCCGCAGCCCGAAGGCGACGGCGCCCGCGGCGGCGCCGGGGCCGGGCGCGCCAGAGGCGUCCACAUCCGCGGCCGCGGGGGAGCGGGCCACAGAGGGCCACCUCGCGCAUCCGGUGCUGCGGCUGAGGGAGGCCCGCGGCGAGGGCGUCGGCGAGGUCUUCUUCGAGUUCCGCAACACCCCCGCGAGCGAGGUGCGCAGGGUGGACACCGAGGAGGACCUCCGGGCCCUGCUCGCGGAGCAGGCCGCGCGCGCGGCGAGGACGGCCGAGCAUUGGGUGCGGCAGCCGCGCGCCCGCUGGAUCACCCAGAUGGUCGAGGAGCUGCCGCCGUCCAGCCGCUCGCGCCUCUCCGCGCGCCACGCCCGCCUGCGGAUGGCCACGGUGCCGAGGGAGGAUGUCGCGGGGCGGUGGAUGGAGACCAUGGAGUUUGCGAGCUACGUGCUGCACCUCUGGUUCGAGGGGCGGUCGCUUGAAGACGUGCUGGCGCGGGCGGAGGAGCUGGGGCACACGGGCCCCGACGGGCUCCCGGGCUGCAUCCUGCACGGCUCCUUCGCUCGCGAGAUCUCCAGCUCCAGAGACGUGGACUUCGCUGGGCUGCUGCCGAUGGUGAAGCGGAUGUCCACCAGAGACGACGGGCUUCUAUCCGUGUACAAAGUGUGCGCCCACAACUGUUUCGACCAGGAGCAGGUGCACUCCCUGCGGCCAGAUGAGCUGCAGCCCCUGGAUGGCCAGGGCUCUUUGAACACCACCUGGGACUUCGGAUUCGGCGCAGGCGGGAGUGGCGUAGAUUUGAUCGACGACUUCCAUAGGCAGGUGGAUUCGUCGCUUCGUGACUGCGACGCUGUGAGCUUGAAUCGACGGUUGUAUCUAAUCUGGAAGUUCCAGCACUAUGUCACGUCGUACCAUCAGGACACGCACGUGCCGCCGCACUUCACGAUUUACAACCAGGUGUGCGGCUACAGCGUCUUGAACUUCCUGCCGCUGCUGGUCGGCCUGUUUGUGACCCACGUCGGGAGGGCUGGCCCGCUCGAGCUCCAGAGGGUCCUGGGCGAGCUGGACCGCCGGGGCGUGGGGUCGCUGGGGACGCUGGGGCCGGACAGGGUGGCGCUGAUCACGCCGUUCGGCUCGCACGGCGUCUGGGUGCCGUCCGUCGCGCACAACCCGUCGCUCAGGCCCUUCGAGGUGUCGCUCAUGCGGGCGGCGGAGCUGUACGCGCGCCCCGUGCUCGACCGCACCAGGCAGGCGCUGCGCGGCGGGCGGUGGAACCACGCCGUGGAGCCCACGGCCGCGGAGCAGGCGCAGGCCCGGGCGUUCGCGGCGGCCCAGGAGCGGAUCUGCGAGGACCUAGGCCUGACCAGAUCGGAGUGGGCCCUGCUGGCCCGGGAGACCUGGGAGGCCUGGUCGCAGGACAGCGACGAGGAGCAGGAGCGCUGCCAGUGACGCCCGCGGCAGGCCGUGCCCCGGGCGCCCGUGUGCAGCUCUGGCCCGCGAUGGCUCGGAGGCUGGCCGAUGUGCGACUGGAAGCA